AGUGGCUUCUCGUUUGAGCGCAGGGCGUGUAGAUGGCGGGAGCACGGCGUCGAGCUGUGGCGCCGGCGGGGACGGCGGGGAUGGCGGGGACGGCGUUGAUAGGGAGCCCAGGGCGACCGCAGGGCCGGAGGCAGCAGGAGCCGGGGAAGCAGCGCUCGGCGCCACGGCCGGGGCCGCGCAGCAAAGAAAAGAAGAAAGUGAAUUGCAAGCCUAAGAACCAGGAUGAACAGGAAAUCCCUUUCCGGCUCCGAGAGAUCAUGAGGAGCCGCCAGGAGAUGAAAAACCCCAUCAGUAACAAGAAGAGGAAGAAAGAGGCCCAGGUGGCCUUCAGUAAGACAUUGGAGAAGGAAGCAAAGGGAGUGGAGCCGGACAUUGCUGUACCCACGUUCAAGCAGAAGAAGUGGGAGUCCAACAGGGCCUAUGUCCAGCGCAUGGAGCAGGAGGCGCAGCAUGUGCUAUUCCUCAGCAAGCACCAGGCCAGCCGGCAGCCUGAGGUGCAGGCGGCUCCCAAGGAGAAGUCGGAGAGGAAGAAAGCGUUCCAGAAGCGACGGCUGGAUAAGGUCCAGCAGAGGAGGGAGGAAAAGGCAGCAGAAAGGCUGGAGCAGGAGCUGCUCCGAGACACAGUGAAGUUUGGUGAGGUUGCCCUGCAGCCCCCAGAGCUGACUGCCAAGCCCAGGAUGAGCACAAGUAGGAACCAGCCUGGCAAGAAAUCGCUGAUGUUGAAGAUGCUUUUAAGCCCUGGCAGUGUGUCCCAGCCUCUGACCAGCUCUCUGGCCAGACAGCGGAUCGUGGCGGAGGAGAGAGAGCGGGCUGUGAAUGCCUAUAGGGCGCUAAAGAAACUGCAGCAGCAGCGGCAGGGGACUCAGUCACCACAGCCACCCCACCUCCCUUCUGGGAAGAAGCCAAAGAUGCAGCUGUGAUGGUGAGGGACCAGAGAUGCUGCACCUGGGUUGGGGGUAGAUGGGCAGAUGGCCUGCAGUCAAGAGUCCCCUCCCUGGCACACAUCCUGGGACUCAGGUGGGGGAGAGGACUCCUGUUUUUUCUCCCUAAAGACUGCCGUUUCGUGAGUGACCACCUGCUGGCCCCAUGUCUCACGCGGGGCAUCAUCUGUCUCCUGAGCCCCCAGAGAUAGGGCCAGGGCCUGGGUGAGAUGCAGCCAGCAUCAUUCCCUUGAGCCUGGCAUCACAUACAGCUUUGUUCUGAAACAGAGGUCCAGGCUGAGACACAAUCUAGGGCCACUUUACAGACGGCCAGUCUUAUAAUCCUGUCUCUAAAUACCAGUUAGUCGUAGACACUGCCGAUUUAGGUUAACUAAAUCAAUAAGCGAGGCUCUAUUGGAUUCGACAGAGCAGUACAGCUAGAGUGAGAGCCAGGCAGCAGGCUGGUGUGGGGAAAGGGCGGGGGUCAGCAUCUAGGCCACCUAGACCGGCUCACGGCACUGCUGUCACAAGUUGUCGCAGGGCAGGUGGAGCCACCCCAGCUCCUGUUUGGGUGUGGAGACUGAGCCACCCACAUCGAGGUUUGGGGAGGCUGGGUCCUUAUGUCAUCAGGGUCUCUGGGGAGGACAGGGCAGGGCUCUCUAGCAGGUUUAGAGUGGCUUGACAGCAAGGACAGGAGCCCAGCCCAGGACUUUCCUGUGGUCAGAGGGGCCUUGUGAGUUCCUGCCAACGGCAGGGCCUGGCGAGGUUUGAAUCUCCCACAGGUGCGAAAGGAGGGAGCACCUGGGUUUAUCAUCCUGCUCAGACGUGGUAUACAAGUGAGAGAAUGGGGAUGGGGCUUACAGACUGUUAGCAAUUGAACAUGGAGGGACAGGGGCAGGCCACUCAUAGCCCCGUUGGAGAAGGACAGCUGCCGGGCUCCCUUACUCUCUCCAGCUUGGGCUUCUCUAGCCACCAAAGAUGGCCUGGACAGCUCAGUCAGCGCCAGGCCUCAGCACUGGCAAUCCUAGAGAAUGAGUGUGGAGUUCUGUGGGAUCUGUUUUUGCUCUUCCCCAAGUUUGCCUUUUAUGUAAUGAAGUUUAUUUUUGAAUUAAAAAAUUUAAGUUGUGGAAGCUCUACCUGGAACCAGGGCUGUCACUCUUU